AUGCCACUCAUCCAUUUUGGCAUGCCGGCGCCGAACCGCCCAGCAGUAGAUAUCAUCAACAGUGAUGUUCAACGUGAACACCAGUUUGAUAAGACUUCGUUGGCUACUUUUGUUGCUAAUAAUGAACAAUUGCUUACAGCUGAACAACGAAAUGUAUAUGAUCAAAUUAACGUAUCAAUUGCAGCACAACAAGGUGGAUUCUUUUUUUUGGAUGCACCAGGUGGCACUGGUAAAACCUUUCUCAUCUCACUGAUACUUGCGCGCAUUCGAUCACAAAAUCAUAUUGCAUUGGCCAUUGCUUCAUCAGGCAUUGCAGCGACGUUACUUGAUGGUGGACGGACUGCGCAUUCAGCACUUAAGUUACCUUUGAAUGUUCAUACAAAUCCCGAAGCAAUGUGUAACAUAAAGAAGCAUUCCGGCAUGGCUGAAGUUUUGAGAAAAUGCAAAAUUAUUAUUUGGGAUGAAUGUACAAUGGCCCACAAGCAUUCGCUUGAAGCUCUCGACAGGUCCCUGAAGGAUAUCAAAGAUAAUACUAGGCUUUUCGGUGGUGCUCUACUGCUACUGUCUGGUGAUUUCAGGCAAACAUUGCCAGUAAUUCCACGUGCGACAUAUGCAGACGAAGUAAACGCAUGUUUGAAGGAAUCUUAUCUAUGGCGGAGUGUCAGUAAAUUGAGCCUUACUAUCAAUAUGCGCGUUCAACUACAAAAUGAUCCAUUAGCGUCAGGAUUCUCUGAACAAUUGUUAGACAUUGGCAACGGUAAAAUUCAACUGUAUGAAGAUACCCAAUUUAUUAAAUUUCCAGAGAACUUUUGCAACAUGGUGGCUACCAAAGAUGAAUUAAUAAAUAGUAUCUUUCCAGAUUUAAGAUAUAACUAUACUAAUCAUGAAUGGCUACGAGAGCGAGCUAUUUUAGCUGCAAAAAAUUUAGAUGUAGACGCCAUCAAUUUUAAAAUACAACAGUCAUUGCCUGGUAAUGAAAUUACAUUUAAAUCAAUUGACACCGUUGUUGAUCCUGACGAAGUGGUCAACUAUCCAGUAGAAUUUUUGAAUUCUUUAGAUUUACCUGGAAUGCCACCACAUAAUUUGCGACUGAAGAUUGGCUCACCUAUAAUUUUGCUUCAUUCACCUAUACCAUUUAAACGCUUACAAUUUCCGAUCCGUUUGGCAUAUGCUAUGACUAUUAAUAAGUCACAAGGUCAAACGAUGACAUUUUGUGGAUUAGAUUUAGAAAAUCCGUGUUUUUCUCACGGCCAAUUGUACGUUGCGUGUUCCAGAGUUGGAAAACCAUCGAGUUUGUUUGUUUAUACUCCUCAUGGACUAACUAAAAAUAUUGUACAUCCAAUGGCAUUACGCUAA